AUGGCGAACAACCCCGACCCAGCACCAGGCGAAGUCCAUCGCCCAGCCUACGCCAGCGGCUACCCUCACAUCUCCCACAACCUCCCCUUCCCCCAAGCCUGCGCAAAACACAUCACGCACACAUUCCACGCCUCCCGCGUCUACAUCAUCGCCUCUGGCUCGCUCUCAGAGAACACAGACCACGUCCGCAAGCUCCAGGAUGUCUUGGGCGAGAAAGUGGUCGGGACCAGACACGGCAUGAAGUCCCACACCCUGUGGAGUGAGAUAUUGGAAGUCACGCGAGACGCGAGGGGUGCUGGGGCCGAUUUGAUUGUCACGCUGGGGGCGGGGAGUUUGACGGAUGGGGCGAAGAUUGUUGCGACGGCGAUGGCGAACGAUGCCCGUACAUUCGCGGAUCUGGACAAGCUGCAUUCUGGCGACGAUUGGUCGCAGACACGACAUGAUCUCAAACCUCCUACCGUUCCUAUCAUCAGUGUCCCGACCUCUCUUUCUGGCGGCGAGUACUCCUUCCUCGGUGGCGGCACGAACGAUGAGAACCACCGCAAGUACGGUUUCGGGCAUCCAACCGUGGGUCCAGCGCUCGUCAUCCUCGACCCGCAACUCACCACUUCCACGCCGGAACAUGUCUGGUUGCAAUCUGGCGUGCGGGCGUUGGAUCACUGUGUCGAAGGGUGUUGUUCGUUGAAGAGUACCGAGGCGAGCGAUGCAAAUGCCGCGAAAGGGCUCAAGUUACUGGUUCCAGGACUCUUGAGGACGAAAGCCGACCCUUCAGACUUGAAAGCGCGCUUCGACUGUCAAUUGGCGGUGAUCGAGGCGAUGAGCAUCGUCUUCCAGCACGGUGUACCGAUGGGUGCGAGCCACGGGAUUGGGCAUCAGCUGGGUCCCAUGGGCGUCGGGCAUGGCGAGACGAGCUGUGUCCUGCUGCCCGCGGUCUGCAAGCACAACAAGUCCGCGAAUGGCGAGAAGCAGAAGAAACUCCUCGAGAUCCUCUGGCAGGACGACAGUGUCAAGGAAGUCUUGGCGAGCAAAGGCCUGGAGGCCGAAACCAGCGAUCUAGGUGACGUCCUGGACGUUAUCAUCAGUUCUCUCGGCAUGCCGCGCAGUCUCAAAGCCGUGGGCGUCGAAGGCGAGGACAAGCUGGAUCGACUCGCCAAGAAUUCCUUGCAUGAUAAGUGGUGUGCGACGAAUCCGAAGCCUUUGACGGAGAAGGCGCAAGUCAUGGAGAUUCUCGAGAUGGUGAAGGGCUGA